UGUCUAUGUCUGCGUCUCUGGAGGGCCUGGCUGAGCAUGGAGAGGUCUACUGGCACAUUCAAGGGGGCCAUGGUGUUGAUGAACAGUCUGUGUAAUAAAGUGAUCCGGCCCAUUGAUGGUUCCUGCUGCCAGAACACGCCCCCGCUCACUUUUCUGCAGAAGAUGUUGCUGUGUGUGUUUGUAGUCACGACUCUAGUUUUUCUGCUGUUGAACUUUCUGAGGAAAUUGCCCCAUGGGCGACCCAUGGUCCCUGACCUGGAGAGUUUAGAGGAGAAGAAGCCGGAUACAGCUCCUGGGCCCCUGGGGGCCGAGGCAGUGUGUGGGACCCUGUGCAGAAUGGGACUCAUCAUGGUCUACUUCUACCUGUGUGACAGAGCAGAUGUGUUUAUGAAGGAACAGAAAUCCUACAGUCACUCUGCCUUCUUCGUCCCUUUGAUCAUUGUCUUUGUGCUGGGAUUGUUCUGCAGUGAGAGCACCAAAGAGAGCCGUGUGCUGAACAGGGAGCAGACAGAUGAGUGGAAGGGCUGGAUGCAGUUGGUCAUUCUCAUCUAUCAUAUUUCAGGAGCCAGUGCUUUCAUUCCAGUUUACAUGCAUGUGCGUGUGCUGGUGGCAGCCUAUCUCUUCCAAACAGGUUAUGGACACUUCUCCUUCUUCUGGCUCAAAGGGGACUUUGGCCUGUACAGAGUGUGCCAGGUGCUAUUCCGCCUCAACUUCCUGGUGCUGGUGUUGUGUGCGGUGAUGGACAGGCCGUACCAGUUCUAUUACUUCGUUCCUCUGGUGACGUUCUGGUUUAUGAUCAUCUACAUUGUUCUGGCCAUGUGGCCUCAGAUUGUGCAGAAGAAAGUCAGCAUCAGUGCCCUGUGGUACUUGGGAAUCCUGCUCAAGUUAGUGGGCCUCGUGCUGCUCAUUUGCCUCUUUGCCUAUUCACAGGGCGUGUUUGAGAUCACUUUCACAUCGUGGCCACUUUCGAAGUUGUUUGAACUCAAUGGCAACAUCCAGGAGUGGUGGUUCCGCUGGAGACUGGAUCGGUUUGCCGUGGUACAUGGGAUGGUGUUUGCUUUCCUCUAUCUGCUCCUUCAGAAGAAACAGGUGCUGUCGGAGACCAGAGGAGAAGCUCUGUUCUCAGCUAAAGUCUCCCUGCCCCUGCUGCUCCUGUCUGGACUCUGUUUCAUUACAUACUCAGUCUGGGCCAGCAACUGCCAAACCAAAGAGCAGUGCAACGAGAUUCACCCCUACAUCUCUGUGCUUCCGAUUCUGGCCUUCAUCCUCAUCAGGAACAUUCCUGGCUUUGCUCGCUCUGUCUACAGCUCCUUUUUUGCCUGGUUUGGGAAAAUCUCUUUGGAGCUGUUCAUCUGUCAGUACCACAUCUUUCUGGCAGCAGACACCAAGGGCAUCUUAGUGCUCAUCCCGAGAAACCCGUCCCUCAACAUCCUGGUUGUACCCCACAACAACACCUUUAAACAGCUGCACCUCCUGAAUGUUUGA